AUGGAGCUUCGAAGUCUUAUGGCCAAUGGGUUGGGUAAUGCAGGUGGUGGUGUGGGGUUUGGAGGGGGGUUUGCAUUUGACAAUGUCAGUGGUGGUGGCUUCAACAUUGGUGGUUUUGGAGGUGGUGGCGGCUUGGGAAAUGGUGGUGGAGGUGGGUUUGGAGGUGUUGUUGGAUUCGGCAUUGGGGGUGGUGGUGGUGGUGAAGCUUUUGGCAACGGUGAUGGAGGUGGUGGUGGUGGUGCUUCGGCAAACGAUGUUCAUAAUAAUGGUGGUGCUCAUUCUCCGGUCCAAGUUGUUGAAGAUGGAGGUGCUAGCACCCGCGAUGGUGGCGACGAUCUUCGCAACAAUGAGGAGUUGCUUGAUUUCCUCAUGCAUUCGAUCAUGUUUUUUUCUUGUUCCCGCAUUUUGUACGGCUAA